UCCAUUUGCCUGCGAGAGAAUGUGCAGAGAUUUGACCAGAUUCGCCAAUGAAGACAAUGACGGCGAUGACGACGAAGAAGUGAUAAAUGUAAUAUAGUAAUUGCAAAAGCAAUGCCAAUCCUUUACAUCUUCGUUUUCCAUCCACAUUUGGUGUAUUGUGUGUUAUGUGUUACAUAGCCAUCGUAUUUGGCACUUUCGAACGAUUUCUAUUUCUAUAGAAAUAUCCAUACCUUUUAUGUUUAACAUCUUUGUCGGAUCGUACCGAACUGCAUGCGACGGUGGCGGUGGUGAUAGCGGCAGCGAUGGCGAUGGUACUGAUGGUGGUGGUGGUGGUGGACGUUGGCUGUAAGGAGAUACACACAGCAAGCAAAUGAGCGAGAAAGACAUUGGAAUAUUUUCCACAUCAAUCGUAUGCAUUCCAUGCCAUUCGAUUCGAUUCGUUUUGAAACGAAUCGAAGAAGGUACGACAUGAGAGCCCAUGGGGUGUUUUUGAUUGUAUAAUAUACUUAUGCUUGUACUGUGUGCGAUGCGAUACGAGAGAGACGUAUCUAUUUGGUAUACAAUAUGGAAUGUUGACACAUUCAAUUACAUUUUGAUUUGGCGUAUUAUGUUUUAUGCUCCUUAUCCAUUUUUCCUUCAUUUCAUUUAAAUAAAUAUCGACCGGAUUUUUCCUUUAUAUUUGUUAUGUAGCAGCAGCAGCAAUACCGCCACAGCCACCGCUACUUCGCCUUCGCUCUGCCUUUGGAUGCUGAAUGUGUCGAAUGUUAAAAUGAAGCGAGAGAAUAGAGCGUGGACGAGCGAGAGCGUGUGAGCGUAUGAGCGAGGCAGCAAACAAGCAGACAGACAGACAGACAAGCAGGCAAACUGUUUUUGCUCAGAACAGAGAGCGAGAACAAAAUGGUAAUGCUACCAAAUUCAACAGAAAUUCCUAUGUACUGUGUGUAUAAAUGAUAUAAAUACAAAAAGCGAGAGACAAUAAUAUUGAUGACGGUGAUCCAAAUGAACCAACAACGGUAGAACGUCAACAAACGAAAGCCAAAGCCAACAUGAGUGCGCUCAAUUGCCAAAGACAUCGACACUCUCUCUCUCUUUCUGAUUCUUUGUCGCUAUCGGCUACGGGAGCCACGAUAUAGCUACGGCUACGGUUGUGCGAAAGGCAACUUGGACGUUCUUCGCUUUUUAAUGGUACAUCAUACAUAUUUUGUACGGUAAAAGACUUGCGCUAAACUAUCAAAUUGUUUUUAGUCACUGACUAGAGACGCUCUCUGCUGCUAUUCAUUUAUGCCACACAAACGGCCAAGGAAUUUCUUAUGUAAAUCCCUGUACUAUAUCUCUCACUCUGCUAGCUAGGUAUAUAUACGUUAUUAAAUAUAGCCAUAGAGCCACAGAGCCGUACCAUUUAUAUUAUGUUUUAGAAUCAUAUUUUUCGAUAUGAGUAAUUUUAAAAUGUAUAUAGUAUUGACUUUACAGCAAAGUGAUGUAGGACAUUUUCUUAUUCUUCAUCGUCGUCGUCGUUGUCGUCGCCGUCGUUUCUUCGUCGAACGUAAGGCGAACAAUAUCGAGAUUUAAUUAAUUAACGUCUUGUCGUUCGUUAAUACAGAGCACCAAAACGAGACUCUGUUUUGCCGUUCUGCUAAUCUGGCAAUGUCCACUGGCGAUUACAUUAUUAUUUGUUGUGUUUUUUUUUUCGAGUGCGUGUGUCUGUUUGUGAUUGCGUUGAUUUGUAAUUGUUAAUUUUUCUUCUGUUCUUCGUCGCCGAAUACAAAUCGAAUAAACCAUUUCAUCUUCAUAACUAAAACAAUAUUUUUACACAACAACUUGAUAUUUGGAUUUCUUGCAACAUUUUACGUUUUAGUGAAAAACAAGACGAAAAAUUGCAGUUUUUAAUUUUUUUUUCUGUUCGUCGUUGUUAUUAAUAUUUAAUAUUCAAUUGAAACAAAAAAUCAUUAAACAUUAAAAGAAUUGUCAAUGAGAAAAAAUAACCAAAUAAUAAGAAAAAAAACACCCUUAAAAAUUAUCUUCAUUGUGGCUAUCGUCAUAGAAGAAAAACUAAAUUACAUAUAUUGUCGUAGAUUUAGUGGCAUCACAAUUUACAAUUUCACAAUCUACCUGUGCAUUGUGCUAUGGAUACACUGAUGCGAUAUACGUGUAUAUAUACAUAACGACAAAAUAUCACGGCGCUAAGAUGUGUUUGAAGUGCAUUCGCUUACCGCUCUCGCAUACAUCAAUACAUCAGAACUUGAAACGUACACAAUAAGCUUCAGAAACACGAGCAAAGCUUUCCACAUUAAUUCUAUAUUUUCACCUGACCGACUAACGAGCCAACGUUCGGAGCCGCUCACAUACCCAGAGUGUGAGCUUCGAACGAAGCGACCGAGAGAAAAGAAACACUAUUUGUAGUAUAAAAAAACGAAAAUUCAAAGCAUUGAAUCAUGUUGUCGCGGUCGAUGAAUGCAACAAGUCGUUUAAAAAAACGAGAACGCACGCAAAAUUGGGCAUUUGAGGAGAAACGAUAUCUGUUGGAAUUGUGCAAACGUGAUAUGAAUAUCAUUGAGAAUAAGCGCUUGGAUGCUGAUCUCACAGCGCUGAAGAAUCGAGCUUGGAAAUCAGUUCAUGAAGAAUUUUGUAAACUCUUUGGAAAUGAACGAAAUUGUAAUAGGCUCAAAGAGCAAUGGAGACGAAUGAAAGCUUGUACGCGAUCAGAAAUUCUCGACUACACGAACCGGGUAUCGAAAUAUGGUCAAGAGAUAGCCGACAAAAAACGGCCAAAUGCAUUUACAUUUGAAAUAUGGGACUUCAUGCAGAAUGCUAAGCGAAACUCAUGCAAAAAUGAUCCAGUACAAACCAUCGAUGGAUCAACCACCAAUCAAUUGUCAACCGAUGAUAAUGUGUCACAAGCAAAUGCCAAUGGUAAUGAAACUCAGGUGCUUUCCGAUGACGAUGAUGACGAAUUAUUCAAUUGGCAAAAAACAACACAAAAUUUGUGUGAGGUGGAAAUAAAGGAUGAAUCAUCGUCAAAUGUUGGCGGUAAUAACUUUGAAACACAGGGUAUCAACGAUAAUAACACAGAGCGGGCGGCCACAAAGAAACCCAAACUGAUCAAGCCAAGUGUCAACGAUGAUUCCUUUUCUCCCUUCAGCAAUCCGAUAACCACAUCGUUUGACGUAUUGAAUUUACUGCGAAACAGUUCAUUCAGUACAAACAGUUCACUCGGCAACAAGUAUACCGACGAAAUUCAAUUGAUAAUCGAAAUGCAGGCCAAGGAGCACGCUUUGCGUAUGGAUAUUUUACGAGCUCAACUUGAAACCGCCAAAUUGAAUCGUGACAUUGCCGAAAUCAAUAAAAUUAUACUGUUAAGAAACCUACAGAAUGCACAUGAAUAGAAUCUAUUCGAUAGUAGAUGUUAAGAUACCACAGAUGUAUAAAGUUCUAAGUUCAGAUUAUAUUAUUGAGAAAGAGACACAAAAUAAAAUUGAGAAAGUUUACCAAAAUGCUGCUUUGUAAUCUUGUUUUUAUAAUUUCUUAUUUAUUUACUCGGUUCAAAUAAAUCAACAAAAUUGUGCCAUUUGAACGUGAUUUGAUGCUAAGCAAAGUUGCACACUGAAGUUUACUAGAAUUGCCAGCGAAUGCGAUGGAAAAAUUCGCUAUUGGAAAAAAAAAACAAA